CGCAUAUAACAGCAUCAAACCGAUCAUAAUUUACUCAGAACUCGGACGUCAUAUGACAUUUGCAAAAUGCUAAAAGUGUAUGUGUUUUUGUGCAUCUCAAAAGUUGUAUUAGCACAAAACCUUGGUGCUUUUCAAGAAGUCUUCGCUUGGAAACAAGUUACAUAUGACAUAAAUGGAAUACAGUUAUUACAAGAUCGAUACGGCGAUGUUGAAAAUGAGCGUAUGAAAAGAGAGACAGACAGACUCGUUUUCUCCACCGCGGAGGAGCAGAACUCGAAUCAAGGACCCGUGACAACUCCGCCUGAUACAAAUGCUGACGCGACAAAAUUCUUCAUACAAUACAACAAUGUGCCCAUGGGCGCCGAGAAAGUCGGACAUCGAUUAUUCGUGGCAUUCCCUCGACGUAGAUAUGGAAUACCAACCACCUUGAACUACAUAGAUUUGAACGAUCAAAAUGGCCGAUCACCAGCCCUGAAACCCUAUCCGAACAUAUAUAAAGGCAGAUCUCUUAUAUCUGUUUAUCGGACACGAGCAGAUACAUGCGGAAGGCUGUGGAUGGUAGAUACUGGGUUACUGGAGUUACCGGUUGUAGCUAAUCGUCGACAGUUGCAGCCGCCAGCCAUAGUUGUAUACGACCUGAAGACGGACCAGGAGAUCUUUAGGUAUACCUUCAAGGAAUCGGAUAUCCCUUCAGCAAGUACUCCUACAGGCCUUGCAUCAAUAACAGUGGAUAUAACAAACAACUGCGCAGACGCAUUCGCUUAUAUCCCGGAUUUGACAACGAAUGGUAUCAUUGUGUAUUCGCUAAGAGACAAUGAUAGCUGGCGAAUCACCCAUAACUACUUCAAUUUCAACCCAUUGUCUGAAAAUUUGAGGGUUUCUGGCGAAUACUUCCAAUGGAGCGACGGCAUAUUCAGCAUCGCCCUAUCACCAGCCGUCUCUGGAUGCAGAACAGCAUAUUUCCACCCUCUCAUCAGCACACAAGAGUUCUCUAUUUCCACCUGCCUGUUGAAGAAUAGAACAGCGAGCAGCGAUCGUUACUUCUUCGAUAAGUUAACUUACUUAGGCGAGCGAGGAUCUAACAGUCAAUCCACAAUGCAUGACUACCAUGAACCCUCGAGAGUACUGUUCUUCGCUGACAUAGGAAGGGACGCCAUCUCGUGUUGGAAUACGGAAAGAAAGUUGGAACCGCAAAAUGUUGCUAUUUUGGCGCAGGAUAACGAAAGAAUGAGUUAUCCCUCUGAUUUGCAUGUCACAGACAACGAAGUUUGGGUGAUAGCGAAUAAACUACCAAGAUUUGGCUACACCUCACUAGAUACAAAUGAAUAUAACUUCUUUAUUUACAAAGCCAAUGUAAGGGACCUUUUAUUGGGUACUGUUUGUGAAUAAACAGUUUUUGGACUCCUACGCCUACGCAGAUGGAAACGCAUUAAAAUUGGUCUCGCUGUUUUAGUAAAAGAAAUAUUUUGUAUAUUUGUAAUAUGAAAAUUAAACGCUAUACAUUCA